CAAAGUCCCAAUUUCCUAAAUGCCAGUCAUCACGUUAGUCUCUCAGGUUAAGACCUUAAAUCCGGAUCCAACUCGAACCACGCCUGCUCUUACGACCGUUUUUACACCAGAAGCAUCAUGCUUAUCACGAUGGAUUUGGAUGGAGCACUCUGAUCAGAUUAUCGUUACUAGCGGAUAUUAUAAAGACACAAAACUGGCCUCUGGUAUCGAUCUUGACUAUUGGAAAACCUGCUAUGCGUCUGCAACUCAGCCUACAUACAGUCCGGGAAUGUGUUUUGAAGGGCAAGCACUCAACGUCAUACUCCAAGUGCCGAUCCAGGUACCUGGCAUGUCUGAAACUCAGACUCAAUGGCAAGCAUUGUGCUGUCCCAGUGGCAUGAUACCUUCAAAUUAUCGACAGUGCGAGAAGGCAAUUUCGACACCGUUUACCGUAUUGGCACCAGUUGUGCUAGAGGAAACCACCGAAUCGGGUUGGAAGUCUUCCACAGUGUGGGAUUCAACUUCAACGUGGCUCUACACAACCACCAACAGUGUCGGUCAACCACUCGUAGUAACGACCGAGACAUCUAUCGCUUUGCAUACGGCGAUUUCAGGAGCAACUCUCUUUGCAGAUCCAGUGACUGUAUAUUGGCAGUCAACCGAUUUAUCGCUUUUCCCUAGCAAGUACGCUUCUUCGCUUGCCUCUGCGAUUGGAAUAAGCGUUGGUACACAGACCCUGACCCUCGGCCCAAAGACAUUGUCCUCUACAACGUCGUCCUCUACAUUGAACCAACAAGGCGUGCUAAGCACGGGUGCAAAGGCAGGUAUUGGUGUAGGAACCGUGAUUGGUGCCGCGCUUCUCGUCGGGGUGGCCUUCAUGUUCUUCCUGCGCUUGAGAAGGAGAAAAAGACAAGAGCCGGCGGUAGCAGAACUGUCAGGGCAUUCAUCUGGCUACAAAAGGUUCUUUGGCGGCAAGUUGAGGGCCGAAAUGGAGGGAAAAGCGCUUCCAGUCGAAAUAGACUCAAAAAGUGUCUGUGUGGUCCCUGGCCCGCCUGCUGAGUUGGAGGGUUCUUCACAUCUAUCACGAUAA